GUGAUUUCUAUGGGCAACACCCUCUACCGUGGCGGCUUCCAGCAUAUUGCGGGCGUCUGAAGUAUGUUUGCUUAGAUUUUUGGACUUCAUAUAUAAAUCUCAAUGGCCAAGGCGAACACAUCCUGCCCGGAAAGUCAAAGAAAUUUACCCUCGCAGAAUUAACAGGCACCAAUUUCACUUGUGAAUAUCAAUAUACAUACUGUCUUGAUACAGUAUAUCACUACCCUGACAGUAGAGCCAAGAUGUAUCUACCCACGUUUAUCGCGACGACACUCAGUGUCUCAGGCUUGGUAGCAGCAGUCAAACUACCCAAUCUCGACGGGACCUUCAUAAAGCGUGAAGUCCAGCACCCCAACGGCAGCACAGUCGAUGUAUACCUUCGAGAUACAUUCCGCCACGCCAACGACAAGCGCUUCUAUAAGACCUUCCACAACGAUACGGAGUACACUCACACUGAGAUAUGCUUCGAGACCAAUUUCGUUCCGAACACGACUGCGGACUCGGCACUCUGCGAUGACUGCUCAGCUAUCGAGACAGAGUUGAAGGAGAAUUCCGGCUUCUUCGAAACGGGGGAUUACAGAGGUACCGACCUCAACUUCCUUGCCGUGUGCGGAACCUGCGCGUUUGGGGUGAAACGUCUUGACGGGUCAAGCGCGCGAGUCGACAUUGGCAGUAAAGACGUCGUGGACAAUUUCGACUCAGCUAUCAUCAGAUUUGCUCGUGGAGGCCACGUAGGUGUUACUGGUAACUUUACAUGUCAGUCGGCCCCUAUCAACUGGGCAAUAGUGAGAGCACCUUGAUCAUGCAUCGAGCCGAGCCUACUAACAUGAAUGGAUGAUCUGGGGAAAAGCCUAGUCGCGAUGGCAUAUGUCGUCAGAUAGGUAUUUGCUUUUUCAGUCGAUUGUAUUCUUAGUUAAUAGGUAGACAUCUAUUUAUGGCGAAUUCUUGUUUUGCGCCUCCCUAGGGUUGGUUAUAUCUUUAAAUAUAAUGGACACUGGUAGAUGACGGUAUGCAUACCUCAUAUAGAGAUAUGGACUUUUAUUAUUGUUAGUGACGACUAGAGUCGAAGAUAUACUAUUGACCUCAAAGCUUUAGGAAUGUAACCGUAAUCUUGAUAAUUAUCCAAGACUUUUAUGGACUUAAAAUCAAGAUAAUAAAUAUCUUAUCACUCACAUAAGUAGGUAGGUUAGGUACCUGUUAUUCACUUUUGGGUCGACUAUUCGGU